GAACUAGCACCAACACAGGAGGGCCAAACGAGGAUCCAUAAUUAUUAUAUUGCAGUACAUUGUAGUUGUGUUUCACCAAUCGUAGCAGCUGGUUAAACUUUGGCUGACUUACGUGUUGCCCCCUAUUAUAAUGAUCAACGCAGAACGCCACUGCAUGUGAUCUGGAGGACCCAGAGUGGCGCAUGAUCAAGUCCGGCUGACAUAGAGGAGUAGGAGGCAGCAGAACGUGACAGAACUUGGAUUCAAAUGAUGAUUCACUCAAACCAGUGAAGGUUUGCACGCGAUCAAGACAGACACCCAUCAUGGCAUCCAGGUCAUCCCUGCUCAAAGUCAUCUUACUGGGGGACGGCGGAGUGGGGAAGAGCUCUCUCAUGAACCGCUACGUCACCAACAAGUUCGACACGCAGCUCUUCCACACCAUCGGCGUCGAGUUCCUCAACAAGGACCUGGAGGUGGACGGACAGCUGGUCACCCUGCAGAUCUGGGACACAGCGGGUCAGGAGCGGUUUCGUAGCCUCAGGACUCCUUUCUACCGCGGUUCGGACUGCUGUCUGCUCACCUUCAGCGUGGACGACAACCAGAGCUUCCUGAACCUGGGAAACUGGAAGAAGGAGUUCAUCUACUACGCCGACGUCAAGCAGCCGGACAGCUUUCCGUUCGUGGUGUUGGGAAACAAAGUGGACGUGACGGAACGGCAGGUCUCCGCGGAAGAGGCGCAGCAGUGGUGCCGAGAGAACGGGAACUUUCCGUACUUCGAGACCAGCGCCAAGGACGCCACCAACGUGUCGAACGCGUUUGAAGAGGCCGUCAGGCGGGUUUUGGCCUCCGAGGACCGAGUCGAACAUCUCGUCCCCACAGACGCGGUCAACCUUCACAGGAAACCGCGCAAUACCUCCACCUGCUGUUAAUCACACACACACACACACAAAAAAACAACAACUCCAAAACAUUUUAAAGAACCUGAGCUUGGUCACUGAAUUGGGAGAAAAGUUUUUUCUUUGACAUUGAAAGCCAGGCAGGUUCUUUUGCACAGACAGUUUUUACCACUGGUUUCUUCCACUGGGUGACAUUCCAAUCUGACAUGGUCUUGUAGUUCAUAGACAUGAAAGGUAUCGUGAUAUGGUUAUAGGUUUCUCACAAAUGUGAAUCGGCGAUUUGGAUUCGAGUGGACUUGAUGGCCAGAGUUUAAUAACACAUUGUCUAAAACUUUAUAUUUACUUAAUUCUCGUGAUGAUGUCUUGCCAAAAAAAAAAAAAAAAGUAUUUUAUUAAAUUAAACUUCCAGUAACCAUUAUUAACUUAAACGGGGCUUAUGGGGAAGGGUUCUAAGCACUAUGGCUAAUCAAUUAACUAUAUGAGAGUAAGUGUCUGAAGU